UGUCGUCCGUCACGUGCGUAUUCUGAAGAUGGCGUCUCCAAAUGGAGGUGACGAUUUUGAAUCCUCUUUGCUGAGUUUUGAGAAGUUGGACAGAGCAUCACCAGACCUGUGGCCAGAGCAGUUGCCUGGAGUUGCAGAAUUCGCUGCGUCUUGUAAAAAUCCCAUCACUAAUUCGCCCCCAAAGUGGAUGGCUGAACUAGAGAGUGAGGACAUUGAGAUGUUGAAAGAGCUGGGUAGUCUGACCACAGCCAACCUGAUGGAGAAGGUAAAAGGACUUCAGAACCUCGCUUACCAGCUGGGAUUAGAGGAGUCCCGGGAAAUGACCAGAGGGAAGUUUCUCAACAUCUUGGAGAGACCCAAGAAGUGACAUGUUUUGUUUGUUUUGUUUUGUUUUGUUAUUUUGUCCAAGCAAUAGGAAAUGUGUGAGUACGUGAAGUAUCUGAUGUAUGCGUUAAACAUGUUCAGUCCUUUUUCAACAAAGUUCAGAGACGUUGAGCUCAAACUGUAAAUUGGAGCAAAAUGCUCACACACACAAACACACCGAGGUCCUCUUGCUCCUGAUAGAUACCUUUACAUUUAUGGAAUUGAUUUAUUUCUUUGUCAGUUGAUUUUCUCAGUAGCUUGUAGACCUGUUUGAUUAAAUGUUCCCUAUUUAUUUUUAUUUCUACUUUAAAAAA